AUCCACCCUGUUUUUGGCAGUUCUCACGAGCACACCAUUCGAGAUGAGCAACAUCUACGGCUGACAUCAUCAUCGAUAUUUGUUUUUCCCCCUUCAGUUUCUCUUAUUUUCUUUGCUUCUCCCCUCUCACUGAUUGCCUCUUUUGGAUUAGGGCUUGAAAUUCAGUCGACGGAGGUGAGCAAUAAUGGCUACUCAGUCAUCGCCUCCUCCAAAUCCCGCCGACGAUAAACCCCAAAAUCAAGAUACUUUACAGCCCAAAUACGAUGUUCAGCAAAAUGCAAGCACAGAGGACACCAAACAGAGUUCUACAGCAUCUGUGUUUGUGAACUCAGAACCAAUGCGGGAGGACCAAGUGCAGAAUGCUGUAAAAUUUCUCUCUCAUCCAAAGGUCAGGGGUUCUCCUGUUAUGUAUAGACGAUCAUUUCUUGAGAAGAAAGGCCUUACAAAGGAGGAGAUAGAUGAAGCUUUUCGACGUGUUCCUGACCCACCUUCUAGUUCUCAGGCAGCUAGUACAAACCAAGAUGGACAGGUUAAGCCAACUUUAAACUAUCAGCCACAAUCCCCAAUGCAAACUCUGCAGCCUGCAGCAGCUUCACCAACUGGUGUCGUUUCCUCAGUGGGGGCCUUAGUGCAGUCUCGGUUUCACUGGUAUCAUGCUAUUCUUGCCGUUGGCGUCUUGGCAAUUUCAGGAGCUGGAACAGCCGUUUUAAUUAAGAAUGCUCUGGUACCCAGGUUGAAAUCUUGGAUACGUAAUGUUGUCUCGGAGGAAGAUGAUGAUCCUGCGAAAAAAAUAAAUGCAAAACCAAGUUUGGCAGAAGAAACGGCGGCGGCGGCAAAAGCUGCUGCAGCUGCUGCGGCUGAUGUGGCAAAGGCAAGCCAGGAAAUGCUAAGUUCCAAAAAUGAAGAUAAGAGAUACUUUGAGGAAUUUAUGAAUCUUUUAGAUGUGCAAGUAAAGGAAAUGAAGUCUAUGAGUGUUGCCAUACGGAAGUUGGAAGGACAAGCAAAUAAACCUGGAACUGCAUCUGUUUUUGAGGAAGAUCAUGGAGUCUCAAACAUGAGUUCAAAGCACACGUAUGCGAAUGGCGAGGCGGAUGUUAACUCACGCUCAGUGAGGCCUUCCUCCUCACCUGCUUCUACAGAACCCUCUGUUGCACCUCACCCAAAAUCAUACAUGGAGAUUAUGGCAAUGGUCCAGAGAGGGGAGAAACCUCCUAACAUUAGAGACAUAAAUGAUCAACCUCCUAACCCUAACCAGCAAAUCCCUAAUCCACGUGUAGCACCAAGAACUAAGCCUUGGGAGGUUGGUCAGGCCCAAAAUAGCUCCAACCAAGUACUUCAAUCUCAAGUGAGUGUGGAAGGCUUGAAUUCGAAUGCACAAUACAAUGGGCUGAGCUAUCAGUUGGAUGGUGAGAGCUCAGUGCCCUGGCGGCAGCAAAGGAGUGCCAGAAUCACUGAGAUAGAAAACGAAGAUGAACUCAAGGCCGGAGCUUAUGGCAUACAAACUAAUGAGCAACGAGUCCAGCGCACAUGGGUUCCUCCGCAGCCACCCUCCGUUGUGAUGGCUGAAGCAGCUGAAGCAAUCCGACGGCCAAAAUCAACUGUCCAGAGGGAACAAUCAGCAGAUGAUCUGUCAGCAUCCCGUCCUGACGAUGCAGCUGAUGAGUUGCACAGAGUCACAAAAAUAUCUGAAUCUGGAGGUGCGGCGGAGAUUAUUGGGGAAGGGUCUGGAUUGAAUUCUAGCGAAAUACAAAUAGAAUAGGAGAAGAAACCAUCGUGAAGCUGGAUUGAAUUUUCCCGAUCUGCCGCUGAUAAGUUAUCUAAUAGAUAUUUGUAGUGAUGGAACUUACUCCCAUCAAUAUGCUGGAUCUACAUGAAACAGGAAAAAACUUGUCUAGUUAAUGCUUGUACCAUGUGUUUGUCGAUUCAUUUCAUGAGCUAGUAUUGUUUGAAAUAAACAAUGAAAGCUAAUUGUAUUGGACUUUCUCCUUGUAAACCUGUAGCUAUUGAUUAUGAAAAAUUAUGUUGCGUCUUUGUUUA